CAUUGCUGCGCAAUCCGCGGUAGAUACCUGGAACCGCUGUCGGCGACGAUGACGCAGCACUUGUUCCUCGCCACGUGGCAAAGAUUAAGAUGCAAAAAAAAAAAAAAAAAUGCUCGGGAUUGUGCGUGAUAUUGGGUACAGUGCUCAUUUUAUCUGUCCCUGUUGCUGAUUUGGCCAAAGUGUAUGAGACCACUCGGAAGCGAUAAUUUUGGUAGAAAAAGCCACCGCGCUCUUGUGCGAGUGUAGUAUUCGUGCCUGAAGACACCACCAUGACGGAUCACGGACAGGGACGGGUACACCGCUUCCGGGACCACGUCGUCGCCGGCGUCAACUGGCGACCGACGCGGUUCGUCGACGAGGUGCCGAAUUCACGUGUAUGCAGCCUCUGCCGCAUGAUCCCGAAAUGGAUGCUGCUGCUGCCAUGCUCGCACGCUCUAUGCCAAUCCUGCCACACAGCCAGUCUCGAAGGGGGUGUUGGCCAGUGUCCAUUGGAUCAAGCGCAAUUCGAAGAAGCGGAGUGCUUCGGUUAUAAAUUGCCUACAAGGAUCGCUAAUACCUUGAAGGUGCACUGCUGGAACGAACAGCACGGCUGCGAGUACACGGGCACCAUGGACCGUGUGCUGGAACACUACGAGAACGAAUGCACAUUUCACACCGUGGAAUGUUUGCGAUGCGGCGAGGGAGUCCCGCACAGAGACCUGCCUACCCACUACGCGGCCGGAUGCAGUGCCGGUGUUUCUUCAACGAUCACUCAGUGCCCGUGGUCGGAACCUACAGCACUGACCCUUGAAAACGUCAACGCUGAUAUUAAAAACCUGAAGGCGAUGCUGGGCGAUCUCAUCCACGACCACCUGAUACCAGUGAUGCAGAGUCAGUUGAAUGAGCUUACAGAACAAGUCAGAAGCCAGGAAACCAGAUUCGCUGCGAUCACUCGCGAGAUCGGAGCAUGCGAGCGCAAUUUGAAGUGACAUGGCUCAAAUGGCAGCCACAAUGUCAUCGUGAGUGUCACACCAGCUGACUUCUCUGCAAAAUCCGGCGGAGGAAUCCAGCGCGUCUUCGUCGCUGUCGUUGCGCUCGGAAAAGGCGCUGACACUUCGAAAGUUGGAACACUUAGCCGACCUGGGACCCUCGCGGCAAACUUCUCCGGAGUCUGAUUCCAGCCGUGUCAUUGCUCAUUGUAGGAUUUUCCGUGGUGGCGGUCGGCAUUUAACCAGUGCGCUGUCAACCACAGCCGCGUGUAUUAGCAAAAUUGGGAACGUGAUGUAUGAUCUGACCCUGGAAAACUGUGAGGAAAUCAUUCAGUAUCAGGGAUUGAGGAAGAAGUUUGCCGAGAUUAGGGUGUGGCACAUGAGAGACGCGCACUUUACGGUGGCCGUCUUCAAGUGCAGGGAUAUUUUUGCACCUGCUCUCACAGUGGAGAUCGAGUUCAACGGGACACUCAUGAACUCUACGUGUUGGCCGCCUUUUUGGCGCGUGAACGUUUGGGAUAAUGUAACGCGAGAGUAUCGUUCGUUGGCUUACCUUGCCAUGGCUUGUUUCUGCGACCGUUAUGAUAAAUCAUUGCAGCACUUUCACCUCCAAUUCCAUAUAGCUAUUCCCUCGCUGCAGAAUGACGGUUUCCUCCGAGACGGAAAGAUAUCGUUCCGAAUCUGCCUCAACCAUAGUGAAAUGGACGGUGGCGUUAAGGGAGCACCCUAACAUUCAUCCUCGGAGAAUGUGUACGCACUGCUGGAUCAUCGUUGCCAGUUCCCACGUGUGUGACAAGAGCUUAGCGAACUUUUGACGUCCUUUCUCCUAAAUUAAAUUGUAUCUGCGAAAUCUUUGUUUAAUUUGCUAUGCUUUGUAACUGUCAACCUAUUCUUUUAUUGCAUUACUGGCUGUUCAUGCUGUUGUGUAUUUAUGCUGCUAAUACAGUUCGUGUUCCUUAA